UUAUAACAAAAUGAAUAAUAGCACAAUGUGUAUUAUUAUGGCGUUAAUGGGAGUAAUUAGCAUGAGUGUAGUGAUUAGUUUAGUAGAUGCACAAGUACUUCCAAGUUGUGGUAAUCAAGUAUUACCAUGCAUUGCGUACGUUAACUCAAGUAACCCACCAGACAUAUGCUGCGAUCCGAUUAAGGAUCUAUACGAAACACACGAAACAUGUUUCUGUCAAAUUGUUUCAACUCCUGGAUUGUUUGAAACUUUUGGUUUCAAAAUUGGUCAGGUUUUUCGAGUUAUACACUUGUGUGGUGUCAAAUUCGAUACCACGUGCAAAGCAUCUUCUCCAACUCUUCCUAUGUUGUCGGCGCAACCCCCAGCAACUCGAGGCGAUGAAGGAGGAGGAGACAAGAUUGCUUUAACUAGAGUUGGCUACAUAUUAUUUAUUUGGGCAUUUGUGUUCUUUGGUUAAAAAGAAAAGCACUUACGGGUCAAGAAAGUUUAUUUGGUGGGA